CUCGGCUUUUAUGACGAACUGACUCGCAGUGACGACGGACAAACAGCCUAUCCCAUACCGAGGAUCUUCUUCCCUCCUCUCAACGUACAUUCUCUUCUAUCUCCCAGCUCCCAAUUCUGCCCAUCGAGCCACGCCUUACGUCCUGAGACAUGGCCGACUACUUGAUGACCUCUCCUUCCGAGCCGGAAUCCACCAGAUUUCCGGCUGAUAUCUCCGGGUCGAAGCCCAGCUCGCCCCGAAUCAUUUCGGGGUCAUUCCGACCCACUAUGCUAUCACUAUCCUUUAGUUCUUCCGGCAGUAAGGCUGUAAGGGCCUACGAGAUUGAAAGGCAGCGCGUCAAGAAGGCUAGGGAGUUCGAGCUUGCCAAGGAGCACAAGGAGAAAGCUAUAGGGGAGAAGAUGGCACAGGACACAGGCUUCAAGGGAAGGAGAAACGUGAAGGAUAUUCGGAGUGGAAGCGAGGACGUUAUCGAUCCUAUGCGGAAGUUGAAAGCGGAUGUGCUUCAGGUUGGCCGCAGCACUGGCGACGAGGAGCGCGCGGGUAAGUCAGGACGGAAAGAAGUGACUCUGGGCGAACUUACCGUCUUCAAACCGGGACGGAAUCGGGGACACGGCCGGGGGCGCAAAGCAAAGGAUUCAAACUUCGAAGUUGUGCCUCAUGUGCGCGCCGUCAUCGCGCUUGACGAUGAACCGGACCUUUUCGAACUCGACGAACCAUGGGAAUAUGUUAAUCCCGAUGAGGACGAGAAUCAUGGUCCGUCUUAUGCGGCCGUGGUCGCCGGUGCCUAAUUCUUGCGUACUAGAUGCCCUUAGUGCAUCUACAAGUGCUUGGAUUUCUAUAACAUAAUCUACGGUGCUGUGGCGGUCACCCUCAAUUAGUACCAGCUCGUAUGUAGCCCUUGAUCAGAAUACUAAU